AUGGUUGAGCCAUCGAAUGAUAGUUUUGACAAUGGGGCAAAUCCCUAUUACUUGUAUCAGUCUGACAAUCCUGGCAUGAUAUUGGUGAGUCAGUUGCUCUUCAAUGAUAAUUUUCACAGUUGGAAAAGGUCAAUGAUGCUUACCUUAUCUGCCAAGAACAAGCUUGGAUUUGUUGAUGGUUCAAUUCAAGCCCCUGAUCCUUCUAUGGUCAACUGGUUUAAUGCCUGGACAAGAGCAAAUAAUUUGGUCAAUUCUUGGCUUCUCAAUUCUCUCUCCAAAGACAUUGCUGCAAGCUUACUGUAUCACACAACUGCUGCUGAAAUAUGGAAAGAUUUGGUUGAUCGAUUCCAGCAGGCGAAUGUACCACACUUAUUUCACUUAAAGAAACGUUUAUGCGAGCUUGUGCAAGAUAAAUUGUCAUUAAGCAAUUAUUAUACUCAAUUAAAAAUUGUUUGGGAUGAAUUGUUUUCAAUUCGACAGUUAUGCAGUUGUCUCCAAUGCAAUUGUGGAGGAGUGCAGCGCAUGCUUGCUGAACAGCAGCAAGAACAAGUAAUUCAAUUAUUAAUGGGGUUAAUUGAGUCUUAUGCUCAUAUAAGGGGACAAAUUCUUUUAAUGGAUCCUCUCCCUCCCAUUUCAAAAGUCUUCUCUUUGAUUGUUCAAGAAGAGCAUCAACGAAAUAUACAGUAUUCCCAUCCAAUUUCCGAGCCAACUUUUGCUGUUAAGUCUCAUCCUAGCACUAAUACUCGCAAAAAUAGACCCUUGUGCAGUCAUUGUAACCUUCUUGGUCAUACAAAAGACAGGUGUUACAAACUGAUUGGUUGUCCACCUGGUUAUAAUUCCAAGAAUUGGUCCUCUUCGACCUCUUCUCGGGGUAAAAGUUCUCAAGUCAUUCAUACCAACUCUGUUGCAUCUCAGCAAAGCUCUCCUGCUGUCACUGAAGCCUUUACCCCUGAGCAAUGUCAACAAUUGAUUGCCAUGCUCACUUCCCAGUUACAAUCCGCAUCAUCCUUGGAUAUUCCUACUACUUCGAUCAAUACUGCCAUGCAAGACUUUCAAUUCAAUUUGCUUUUAGUCAGUGCAUUGCUGAAUUUCUCUAACCUUAGUGUGCUGUUUUGCAAAACGAACUGCUUAAUUCAGGACCUUCAUCGAGUGAUUGGGAAGGGUGAGCUGGUUCAAGGACUUUACUUGCUGCAGAUGUCUUCAUUCAAUUCUAAUAUUUCUUGUAAUACUGUGUCUAGCAGUUUAUCUAGUGACUGGCAUAACAGAUUGGGUCAUCCCAGUAUCCAUGUCAUGCAUCUUCUUAAGGAUGUUUUGCUUUUAAAGAAUGUAAAGAUGAAAGAAUCUUGUCAACAUAAAUCUGAUGUCAACACCAUUAUACCCGCUUUUAUAUCAAUGGUUAAGAAGCAAUUUGAAAUUGAUAUAAAAUCUUUCAGACUUCCAUCACCUGCCUUGAACAAUAAAUCCCCUUAUGAAAUCUUACAUGGUCAUCUACCAGAUUACAACAGGCUACGAGCUUUUAGUUGCCUUUUCUUUGUUGCUACUUUGAAGUCUCAAUGGGACAAAUUUUCAGCUCGAGCUUUACCUGGGGUAUUUAUUGGAUAUCCUCCAGGUGCAAAGGGAUAUCGCUUUUAUGUCUUGCAAACUCAGAAGAUUGUUAUUUCUAGAAACGUGAUUCCUCUUGAACAUGCUGACUUGAAUGGUGGAGCUUCUUUUGGCUCUAAUAACUCAAUUAGUGAUGCUCUUCUAGGCUCUACUGAUUCGAAUAACAAUGCUUCUCUUGAGCAUGUUGAAUCGCACGCGGAUGUUUCUUCUGACUCUACUGCCUCGACUGAUGAAAUUUCAAUACCAGUUCGAGGCUCCUCUCGCACCAUUCAGAAACCUUUUUACCUUCAACACUAUUAUUGCAAUAAUGUUUCCUCAAAAUGUUUAUAUCCCAUCGAAAGUUUUGUUUCUUCUUCAAAACUUUCCACCGAGUAUGGAGCAUUCGUUGCGAAUAUCUCGACUGUUGUUGUGCCCUCUUAUUACCAUCAAGCUAUCAAGUCGUCAACUUGGAGAAAUGCUAUGAGUGAUGAACUUCAAGCCAUGGAAGAGCUUGGAACAUGUACCAUUGUUCCAUUACCUAGUAGAAAGAGUACUAUUGAUUGCAAAUGGGUCUAUCGAGUGAAGUAUAAUGCUGAUGGCUCGAUUGAUCGGUGUAAAGCCAGACUGGUUGCUAAGGGCUUCACACAGGUUGAGGGCAUUGACUACAUGGACAACGUUUUCACCUGUUGCAAAGAUGACCUCAUUUCGAGUCCUCCUUUCACUUGCAACAACACGCAAUUGGCACUUGUUGUAAUUAGAUGUAAACAAAGCCUUUCUAAAUGGCACACUAAAUGA